UUUAGAAGAAGAAUUCGCGUCUCAUAUCUAUCUUCCUCCAGCCACCCUCUUCUCAGUCUUCCUCUGCACAGCCGAAGCUGCUGCCCUUUUCUGAAUCACCGCCGCAGUCAGAAUCCAGCCGGUGGUCACCCAUCGCCGACCUCACCGUGCUGCCGCGAUUCGUCACCGUCGUGUAUCUGUAAUUUCCCGCCGUCCCGCGCCCCGUGGCAAUCUCUGUAUUUUCCCGCUCUACAAGAUACUGAGCCUCUACGAAUCUGGGAGGCAAUGAAGAUGACGAAGAAGAAGAAGACGAUAAGUUGCAGCAAGCGAACGAGCCUCAAGGAGCCCCAGGUCAAACGGGAGUAAACACCUUUACGGUUUCCCUCUCGCUACGUUUCUCUUCGCUUUAAGAUUGCAAUCGGAGGAGAGGAUUCGGAUGAUACACCCGAUCGUCGGAGGCGAUCGGCCAUGCUCGUCUGCGGGGGUUGUGUUGGAGGCGGUGGAGGCUGGUGGCGGCGGCGCUGGCGGAGGGAGUGAAGCCUGUUUUCCCAACUCGGUUGUCGUGGAAGUGGUAGUAGGUAUUACUAGUAUUAGCAGUACGGGUUGAAACGAGCUUGAGAAAGGAGGAAGACGACGAUGAAGAGAGGGAAAGGGAGGAACAACGGCUUGUUGCCCCACUCGUUGAGGAUCAUCUCUUCUUGUCUCAAAACUGUAUCUACAAACGCUACCACUGUUGCUUCCACUGUUCGUACCGCUGGCGCUUCCGUUGCUGCUUCCAUUUCGGCUUCCGUGGAGGAUCACAAAGAUCACGUGACGUGGGCUGGAUUUGACAAGCUGGAGCUUGGUCCAUCUGCCUUCAAACGUGUUCUGUUACUUGGGUAUCAGAACGGGUUUCAAGUGCUUGAUGUAGAGGAUGCCUCCAAUUUUAGCGAGCUUGUGUCAAAGCGUGAUGGUCCAGUUUCGUUCUUACAGAUUCUGCCCUUGCCUGUGAAGUUGGAAGGCCUUGAAGGAAACAUCAGAUCAUCACAUCCUUUACUGUUAGUAGUGGCAGGGGAUGAUGCCCACAAUUUAAACCAAGGUCAAGCUCCUAGCCACUUUUCUGGGCCUGGAGGGAGAGAUGGUACCCAUUCUCCUUCAUCUGUUCGGUUUUAUUCACUCCGGACUCACUGUUACGUGCGCGCACUAAGAUUCCGCUCAGCUGUGCUUAUGGUCAGAUGUAGCCCUCGGAUCAUUGCUGUGGGACUUGCAACUCAAGUACGUUUUGGUUGCCUCAGUCGUCAGAUAUUCUGUAUUGAUGCUCUUACUUUGGAGAAUAAAUUCAGUGUUCUUACUUAUCCUGUUCCUCAACUGGCUGGAGAAGGAGGGUCAACUGGAGUUAAUGUAGGUUAUGGUCCAAUGGCUGUUGGUCCCAGGUGGUUGGCUUAUGCUUCCAAUAGUCCAUUGUUGUCAAGCAUUUGCCGCUUAAGCCCGCAGAACCAUACUACUUCUCCUGGUGUUAGUGUAUCCACUUCACCAAAUGGCAGCAGUAGUUUGGUGGCCCGCUAUGCAAUGGAAUCUAGCAAACAUCUUGCUGCUGGAAUUGUUAACCUAGGGGAUAUGGGAUACAAGAGUUUGUCUAAAUAUUGUCAGGAGCUGCUUCCUGAUGGUUCUAGCUCUCCAGUGUCAUCUAACUCUGACUGGAAAAUUGGUAGACGUGGAGGUUCUGAUAUGGACAAUGCAGGAAUGGUAGUUGUCAAGGACCUUGUGUCACGAGCUAUUAUUACACAAUUCAAGGCCCAUUCGAGUCCAAUAUCAGCGUUAUGUUUUGAUCCUAGUGGGACCCUGCUGGUUACUGCUUCGGUUUGUGGUAAUAAUAUAAAUAUAUUUAGGAUUAUGCCGAGUUCCACGCAGAAUGGCUCAGGUGCGCCAAUCAGCGAUAGAAGCUCAUCCCAUGUCCAUCUUUACAAGCUACAUCGAGGAAUAACUUCAGCUAUCAUCCAGGAUAUAUGCUUUAGUCAUUACAGUCAAUGGAUUGCAGUUGUUUCAUCCAAGGGUACCUGCCAUAUUUUUGUUUUAUCCCCUUUUGGUGGUGAUUCUGGAUUUGAGUCUCUUGGUUUUACCACGGACGAAGGACCCUCCCUUCACCCACUUCUGUCUCUGCCUUGGUGGUCAACUUCUUCUUGCACAAUCAGUAAACAUGGCUCUCCACCUCCACCUCCCAUUUGUCUUUCUGUGGUGAGCAGAAUAAAGUACAGUAGCUUUGGAUGGCUUAGUAAUACAGUUGGGAGUGUUACUGGCUCUUCUGCAUCAGGAAAAGUUUUUGUUCCAUCUGGUGCUGUUGCUGCUGUGUUUCAUAACUCUGUACCCCAAAAGUCGAUUUGUGAUGACACCCCGAGGACCAGUUCCUUGGAGUACUUGUUAGUCUAUGCUCCAUCAGGUCAUGUAGUUCAGCAUAAACUUUUCCCCUCAAUUGGGCCAGAAACCAGCGGAACUGGUUCAGGACCGCAACCAUCUUUAAUUUCUCAUAUACAAGAUGACGACCUGAAGGUGAAGGUUCAACCUGUUCAAUGGUGGGAUGUUUGCAGAAGAUCAGAUUGGCCUGAAAGGGAGCAAUGUAUAUGUGGCCAAGAUGCUGCAGACACAAAUCAGAGAAAAUCUGAUUGUGGGAAUAAUUCCAGUGUGGAUUUUCUGGAUAUCAAUGGAGAUGCCAGUCAAAAGAACAAGAGGGCAUAUCUUUUGCAGUCUGAUGAAAAAUCUCAUUGGUACCUGGCGAACGCCGAGUUACACAUUGCCUCCUGGAGGUUCCCUGCUUGGGAAAAGUCUAAGAUAUAUUUCUAUGUGAUGGAUCCUCAACGAGUUGAUAGUAAUACGAAUGAUGAGUCUGAGAUAGAAAAGGUUCCUGCCCAUGAAAUUGAGGUUAAGAGGAAGGAGUUACUACCAGUUUUUGACAUUAAAAAUUCUAUCAAGCAAGGCUGGAAUGAGAAUGACAGAUCACUUGCUGGGGCGAAAUAUAUUUUGCCAUCAGUCUCUGAUCAUCAUGAAUCUGACGAUGGCAAGAAUCUGCAGGAGACUGUAAUUUGUGACUCAAAGCCAUCUUCCGGUUGUUCAACUGAAAGCUCAGAAUGUGGUUCAUCAAGAAGAAUCGAGCAUCUGCUUGAUCUGGACCAUAUCAACUCUGAGAAGUCACAGAUACCAACUUCUCAGUACUUGAUUGACACCCACGAGGAAAACAUAGAACAUCAUCCUUUUGAGUUUUGUAAAUCUGUAAAGCAUCCGGGUGCUCUUAGCGUUGAUUUUUUGUUUCCUAAUCACCCACUAAAUGCAGAUUCUCCUGUUCAAGGAAAUACUGCCAGUGAUAUGCUCUCAUUAGAUGGUGACUUGCCUGCUGUUGGGAAGGUCACUUCUGAAGAUGCAAGUUUGAUCUCUACUAAGAGAGAUGGAGCAGCGAAUUUUACAGCCACUGGAAUGAUAGUAGGAUUCGAGCUGUCUCUCAACGAGGGUCUUAUUACCAAUGAGGGACUCCAUGGAUCAGCCGAUGUCAGUGGUAAUAAUCUGGAAUGCAGCAGUAAUCGCAGAUAGGGAUGAGUUUCUUGGUGGCAUGUUUGCAUUUCUAUAAGAAGGUUGAUGUCCCAUAUCCAUCCUACUUGAAAGUGUUGUAUUCGUCUGUUGUGCAAACAGCAGGCAGAGAGAGCCCUGCGUGUAAAUAACACUGCUUUCGUCCCUUUUUUACUGUGUUGAGUGGUGGAGUAGGAUUCGAUUCGGGUGGCUUGUUUCUUUCCCCAGAAGAUACGUUUGACCCUUCACUUGUACGUAUGGGAUUCAGCGUGAGCAACUUGUACAUAUUGUAUAGUUCUUAUAGUUAUCUGGACGUAUGGAUUGUGAAAUUGUAUCAACGGGAAAACGAGACGGAUUUUCAGGGUUCCUUGAUGUAAAAAUGGAGGUCUAUCUGGGUUGUCUCGUCAUGACAUGUAAAUGAUAUAAGAGACUAGACAAAUUCGAUUUUUUUCUAUUCAGUCUGUCAACAUAGAUUAACAUUGUUACGUAAAGAUCAUAACUCAUUUGUUUUACAGAUUUUGCACAUAAGUAUCAGAUUUUGUGUACUCUACAAGAUCCAUUUUGAUAUAUUUUUUAAUAAAAAAAUUGCGG